AUGUUGUCCAUUCUGCGCUAUACGUUGUUUUUACAUUCAGUGUAUGCAAUUGCGAAUUCGGUCCACGGUGUUCCGGAUUCCUUGCAACACUUAUACCAACCCUUGGAAUCCGAUCGCACGAAGUGGGCGUGUUUGAGCGAUCCAUCCGUGAUCUUGAACUACUCUCAGAUCAAUGACGACUACUGUGACUGCCCAGAUGGCUCGGACGAACCUGGUACAGGUGCCUGUGGGUCGCUGUCAAGAUUUUACUGUCCUAAUGAAGGCUUUGCUCCAAGGUACGUUUCGGGAUUCAAAGUGGGUGACGGAGUAUGUGACUGUUGCGAUUGUUCUGACGAAACCGAUGGUCUGCAUACUCCUGAAUUAAGCUGUUCUCAAUUGCGCGAUAAGUUUGAUCUACUAGUGAAACGCGAAUUGCAACAACACGAACGUGGUGCCCGUUCUUUACUUAAGCUCGAGCACAAGUACGAUGUAGACAUCCAGCAAGAUCCCGUGAGUGAGCAACUUGAGAACCUCAACCAUUUAGAGCAUAGAUCAAGUGAGUUGUCGCAACAGUUGAAGGCCUGCGUCGCUGAUUUGGCUUCACUGAAGAAAGACUACCAUGCUAAAUUGCAACAAGAAAAUCCAUUAAUGCUUCGUUUAGAACAAAUAGAUGUACCUCACAUUUCAGCUGUCAUUGGCCAAAUAUUCGCGCAGGCUGAAACCCAAUCGGAAAAUUAUCAGAAACUCGUCAAGAUCAUGGAUUCACUUCGGGAAUCUUACAAUAGAAACCUGAACGACGAUGUUGUGAAUUCCAAUGUGGAAAAGUACAUCGAAUUCAUGAAAAGUAAUCGGAAAGAUGUUACUGUCAGUUCAAGCUUGGAUCGAACUCAGCGCGAACAAAUAGAAAUUUAUCUCAACGAAGAACUACCUAGUAUGGUUUUGAAAGGCUCCAGCCGCUUACCAUCGGCAGCAAUAGAAGGAAAGUUCUCAAUGGCGAAAACUCUAGUUGCAGUUAAAGUCAAAUAUUGCCAAAGACUUCACAACGUUCUUAAAGUGCUGACAGCGAUUAUGGAUGACAUCUCUGAAAACUACAACGUCAAUUUCCAGGAUUCUGCCGUAAAACAGACAGUUGCAGCAUAUAGGGAAUUCUUGGCUCAACAAUCUCACAUUUCGGAGCCCUCAAGUUUGCCCUCGGAAAGUUUACAAAAACUCGGUGAACUUGAAGGUUUGGUUAAACUAGCCUCAGCAAAAUUAAUCACCCCCUCCUGGGAGGAAAAGAGCUCUUUUUUUACCAAUUUUAAUGGUUUGUUUCACAAUCUGGUGAGUACUUUCGGCACGCGAAAGAUAAGUUUAGAAACACUCAAGUCAAAAAUUUUGGUCAUGGAACAGAAAUGUGCGGCGUUGAGAAAAGAAUCCAGAACCAAACGUGAAGAACUCAGACAAUUAGAGGAGCACUUAUCGAAAAGUAAUGCUGAUUUAGAUAGUGUUCACUUUGCUAACAAUGCGGUUGAUCAGCUUUUAACCAAAUUGUCUCCUGGUUGCAUUGAGGAAAAGAUCGACAAUUACAUCUACCAAAUCUGUUUCAAUAAGGAAAAUGGCAUGAUUGUUCAAAAAGAGGAUAAAUCUGGUGGUAAUGAAGUAUCCAUUGGCCGGUUCGAAUCAUUUACUUUCGAUCAAAAGCAAUCCUAUAAUCGCUACGCAGAUGAUCUAAGAAUAGAGUUUUCAGAGUCUGAUUUGGUAACGCAUUUAGAAAAUGAUUUGGAUAACUUUAAUUCCGAACUGCUAAUUGGCAAUUUGCCAGAAGGAAAUAGUGGUUUGUCUAUAGAGUAUUCGCAUGGUGACAAGUGUUGGAAUGGUCCUGAAAGAUCGGCGAAAAUUUACUUCAAGUGCGCAGAAAACUUCAAAAUUCAUGGAGUACAGGAGCCUACGAGAUGUCAUUACAGUUUUGAUGUCAGUGGUCCUUUGGGCUGCUCUACCGACUUUAACUUCAAAGCACCAACUUGGUAUUAA